GGUUGAGCUGCUGAGCCUGACCCUUGAAAAGCCUUUGGAAUUCCUCCCGACACAGACUAGAUAAGGGAUUUAUUUUUAAUUGGAAAUUUUAAGGCGUUUACUUUACCAUCCCUUAUUUGGUGCACAGAUCUAGCUAUGUCACGGAGAUUUCGGCUCUGCCAAUGAGCGGGAGCUGAUACAUUUCCUCAGAAAAUCUGGUUGGGGGUGGUCAGCAGAAGAUUCAACAGGACAUGAACAAGGGAAGUUCCUGCCUAGACCCACCCAGAGAAAACCCCAGAGAAGAGCACUGAGCACUCAUUUCAUCAUGAAGCUUCAAGAGCAGAGAAGUGCUUUUAACACAAACGAAUACCGUCCAGUGCCCAACAGAAGCAGGAGGAUUCUUCUCCCAACUCCUACUGCAGCCCCUGCUCUGAGGAUCUGGCUUCUUCCCAGGCAGCUUCCUCUCUUGAUGCUGUUCUCGGCCCUGCAGACACCCACCGGGAGUUCUGAGGUUGCAGUUAACAUCGACUUUGACUUGACACCAGAUUCCUUUGAUGAUCAGUACCAAGGCUGCAGCCCACAGGUCAUGGAGAAGCUAAAUCAAGGGGAUUAUUUUGCAAAAGAACUAAAAGCACAUAGAAAUUACUCUAGGAUCUGGGCAAACGCCCACUUAACCUGGUUGAACAGAGCAGCAGAUCUCCCCAGGAGCAUGAAUAUUACACAUGCUUUGGCCAUCCUGGCUUAUACAUCAAACAACAUUGUCCGCACAGAUUUUACUAGAGCCAUGGCCACUGCUGGCAGGUCCCCACAGCAGUAUAAACACUCAUUCCAUUUCAAAUACCUCCACUACUACCUGACUUCAGCAGUCCAGCUGCUAAGGGAAGAAAUGAUCCUGACGAAUGACUCUUCAUGUUAUGAGGUACAUCAUGAGAUGAAGGGUAACUAUUUGAAAGCCAACAGAGGGGCCACCAUCCGAUUUGGCCAGUUCCUCUCCACUUCCCUCCUACAAGAAGAGGCACAGAAGGUUGGGAACCAAACUCUAUUCACCAUAUUUACCUGCCUGGGAGUGCCUGUACAAGAAUUCUCUCUCAGGAAGGAAGUCCUAGUCCCUCCCUACGAGGUGUUCAAAGUUGUAAAUAUGAGCUACCACCCUCAAGGAAAUUGGUUGCAAUUGCAGUCAGCUGGGAACCUGAGCACAUACAACUGUCAGCUGCUAAAAGGUUCCGGCAAAAAGUACAAUCCUGCUCCUAUGGUUAUUGCUUGUCUCUCCUUUUUGACCAGUGUUGUCAUCUCUUCCAAAAAUGGAGUAUAAAUGAAACUUGUGGUUUUGCUUUUGCUGUGCCCUUUUGCUUGAUGCCAGCCAGGGCACCCUGAAUACCCUUGGGGACUCACUCUGCCUGGUUAUCAACUGAUACAGCGCUGGCUCAGCCUACUGCCUGUGAGUGGACCUAGAACUCAGUGUAUUUCUUCUUCAUGGACACAGAUUUAUCCUGGGAUAGAAAAGGACCCAAUCAAAGCUGAUGAGAUACAGUCAUGGUAAUUUUUUGGAAUUCGGAUCGGUAAUGGGGUGGGGGCCUUUUUACUCAAUGAAGAUUAAUGAAAGCAGAGUAUGAGUCUACAGUUGCUGGCAGCUAUCUUGCCACCAGUAGGGGAAACUCUAUCUCCUUGAGAAUAGAGUGAACACAAUGAAGGAAGAACUAAAAAAUGAAAAGAAACAGUUCUGAUAAGAAUAUAUGAGCCCCUAGAUCCAACUAUGCCUGAGUCGGAAUCUGGGCUUUUUUUAUUACAUAAAUCAAUAAAUUUUAUAUUUUCAUAAGUAAUUUGAAUUAAAUUUCCUAUCUCAAGUGAUCAAAGGACUUUUUGGAGUUAUGAAUACAAGGAUUCUCCAUUAUUUUUAUUAGCCAUCCUAAAUGGGAACAAAUUGAGAAGCUUGAGUUCGAAAGCACAGAACAAAUUCUUCAUCAAAUGGAAAAGCUUUGAACCCCAGAGAAAUAAUUAAAGCAAAUUUUCUUCAGAGAUUUUUUAAUCAGCAUUCAAAGCCAAGCCAGUGUAGUCUCAAAUAGGAGGAAAUAUGAAAACUUGAGAAAUAAAAGGGAAGUUAAUAAAAGAUGUUAGUGAAAUCUCAUUCACUGGCAGUAAUGGGAUGCCACACCUAUUUCUACAGUAUUACAAAAUUUAGAAUUUAAAUUCAUAUGUUAAUUUACAGAGGGACUUUAUGGCAAAUUGGAUUUUAAGUCAUCUUCAAAACUUUAGGUACAUUUAUUAGGAAAGCACAUGGAUGUGUGUGGAUUUAAAGGAGAAGAUAUGGGAGAAAAAAAUCCGAUAACCAAGCAAAUAUCAAAGAUAUAUCAAGUCCCCACUAUGUGACAACAACUAAACAAAAGGAAGUAUAAAUCACCAAACCUCACAUCUGGGAAUAUUCUCUUACUUCCCUCAGGGGUGACGGGGGUUGUUCUCCUGAUUUCCAAAGACCCUGGUAUUGGGCUAAAUGGAGUAAAGGGGGAGACUAGCUCUAUCCUUUGAGUUAUGAAAGUCUAUGCUACUUACCCCCCCCUGAGAUUUGAGUAAUAAACAAUGAAAGUGAAAUCAGUUAAUCUGACCCCAGUAGGAAUGUCUAAAGGGAUGGUGUCUUGACAGAAAAGACACAACGGGGAGUUAGCUGCAUAAAAUCACCCAGUAGAGAAUUUAGGCAUCUAGUACUGUCAUUCUUUACAUGGCAUUUUGAGAACAGGGCCAAGGGCAUCUCUAUCAUCUAGCUUACAUUGGCCUCUACACCAAAUAAGGCAAACAUAUAAUUUCCAUAGACACAGUUUACAUGAUUUAUUGCCCAGGGACCUUGGCAAGUUAGUGGCUCCUGAGUAGAGAAUUCUGUGGGCCUGGCUCUGGGAACAAGCUUUGCUCUGAGCCUUAGUGAGGCAGAGAAAAGCCUCCCAACAUCUUGCAUAUUUUGUUUCUGUGCCAUAUAAAUGCACUUAUUGAGCCAGACUAUGUACAAAACACUUUGGGGAUUAAAUGUUGAAUAUAAUAUGCCAGAUCUUCCAAGAGUUUACAGUCUCUUGGGAGAAAUUAAGAACACAAACAAGUCACAGAGGAAUACCAAAAGAAAGGGGCAAGUCAAGUUUUCUGUUCACAAAAGUUCAAAAGAGAAACUCCUGAGGCAAGGGAAGAACCAAUAAAGCUUCAGGGAAGAGGCAGCAUUUGAGCAAGGCCUUGGGACACAGAGGUGGGAGCGAAAGAUGAGAGGAGGAAGACAGUGAGUGUAGGUAUGUGUCAAACGCUUAGAGCCAAAAUGCAUACAAAUAGUAAGUACUUCAAAUUUAGAGAAAAGUGAGAUCCCACUGUCCUAUGGUUGGAAACAGCUUUCUAUGGGAAAUGAGGCUCAAGGGAAGGCUUCAGAGGGAAAAGAGAGAGCUGAGUAGAAAGGAGACAGAGGAUAUAGGAAUGAUCAUUGUACAUAAGGGUCAGGAAAUAGGUGUGACAGAGUGAAGCUGUAAUGUGGACUGGAGAGGAAAUUGCCACCCAAGCUAAAAAGUCAACCUAAUGCAUUGGAUCUUCAUGAGAAAUCCAUUUUCUGAGUAAGACAUUCUAGAUAAAUGACUCUUACAGCCACAGCAUCAGUGUCCCUUAAGAACUUGUUAGAAAUGUGAACUCUGGAGCCUGAUCCCAAAUCCGUAGAAUCAGAAACCCAGGACCUGUAUUUAAGAAGCCCUUCAGGCUUAUGACUUAUGGGAUUAUGAUCCAUAAAGGAAUAACCAGGUUUUUGAAAAGAUAACUUAAUUCUUCCUCCUGCUGCUGCUUUAUAGGGCAAAUCUCCAGAGAUAGAAGUUAUUCUCUUGAGUGGUAUAGAUUUGUGGGUUGAGGAUGAAUAUGCAUAUUUUACAUUCCCUCAAUCUCUCCCUAUAGUCCUAAAUUUUUGUGCAAGUAGCCAGUGAAAUGGACAUUUAUUUAAAUCAAUUCAAAGUUCAUGAAAUCUUAGGAGAUGAGUUUCAAAAAAAAUUCACUGUAAUUUCUGCUUUUAGUCUGAGAUAUCUUUGAAGAUAAAAUGGAUAAAUUCACAUGGAUUGCUAAAAGGGCUGACACUAAAGUUGCAUAGUAUUUAUCUCCUAUAGUAACUUUUAUUAAUGCUUCUCCCUUCUUGUGCACAUGAAAAAAUAAUCUGACUUCACUUGUUUUAUUUUUAUUUUUAUGAUUCAGUGUUCUUUUUUAAAAAAAGAUUUUAUUUAUUUAUUCAUAAGAGACACAGAGAGAGAGGCAGAGACACAGGCAGAGGGAGAAGCAGGCUCCAUGCAGGGAGCCCGAUGCGGGACUUGAUUCCAGGACUCUGGGAUCAGGCCCUGAGCCAAAGGCAGAUGCUCAACCACAGAGCCACUCAGGUGUCCCUUUGAUUCAGUGUUCUAAUA